AUGCAGACAUCAUUGACCCUGAUCAUGCCGCAAGACAGAUCUCCCCUACCAAAUGCUCGAGUUCUUGUAGGGAGACCAGGGAAAGACAGAUCUCCCGGACCUAAUGCUGGUGUUCUAGUACGGAGACCAGGGAAAGACAGAUCUCCCGGACCUAAUGCUCGUGUUCUUGUAAGGAGACCAGGGAAAGAGAUAUCUCCCGUACCUAAUGCUCGUGUCCUUGUAGGGAGACCAGGGAAAGACAGAUCUCCCGGACCAAAUGCUGGUGUCCUUGUAAGGAGACCAGGGAAAGACAGAUCUCUCGGACCUAAUGCUCGUGUCCUUGUAGGGAGACCAGGGAAAGACAGAUCUCCCGUACCUAAUGCUCGUGUUCUUGUAGGGACACCAGGGAAAGACAGAUCUCCCGGACCUAAUGCUGGUGUUCUUGUAGGGAGACCAGGGAAAGACAGAUCUCCCGGACCUAAUGCUCGUGUUCUUGUAGGGAGACCAGGGAAAGACAGAUCUCCCGUACCUAAUGCUCGUGUCCUUUUAGGGAGACCAGGGAAAGACAGAUCUCCCGGACCUAAUGCUGGUGUUCUAGUAGGGAGACCAGGGAAAGACAGAUCUCCCGUACCUAAUGCUCGUGUUCUUGUAGGGACACCAGGGAAAGACAGAUCACCCGGACCAAAUGCUGGUGUCCUUGUAAGGAGACUAGGGAAAGACAGAUCUCCCGGACCUAAUGCUCGUGUUCUUGUAGGGAGACCAGGGAAAGACAGAUCUCUCGGACCUAAUGCUCGUGUCCUUGUAGGGAGACCAGGGAAAGACAGAUCUCCCGUACCUAAUGCUCGUGUUCUUGUAGGGAGACCAGGGAAAGACAGAUCUUCCGUACCUAAUGCUCGUGUUCUUGUAGGGAGACCAGGGAAAGACAGAUCUCCCGUACCUAAUGCUCGUGUUCUUGUAGGGAGACCAGGGAAAGACAGAUCUCCCGUACCAAAUGCUCGUGUUCUUGCAGGGACACCCGGGAAAGACAGAUCUCUCGGACCUAAUGCUGGUGUCCUUGUAGGGAGACCAGGGAAAGACAGAUCUCCCGUACCAAAUGCUGGAGUUCUUGUAGGGAGACCAGGGAAAGACAGAUCUACCGUACCAAAUGCUGGAGUUCUUGUAGGGAGACCAGAGAAAGACAGAUCUCCCGGACCUAAUGCUCGUGUUCUUGCAGGGACACCAGGAAAAGACAGAUCUCCCGUACCUAAUGCUGGUGUUCUUGUAGGGAGACCAGGGAAAGACAGAUCUCCCGUACCUAAUGCUCGUGUUCUUGCAGGGAACCCGGGAAAGACAGAUCUCCCGUACCUAAUGCUGGUGUCCUUGGAGACCAGGGAAGACAGAUCUCCCGGACCUAAUGCUCGUGUUCUUGUAGGGACACCUGGGAAACACAUAUCUCCCGUACCUAAUGCUGGUGUCCUUGUAGGGAGACCAGGGAAAGACAGAUCUCCCGGACCUAAUGCUCGUGUUCUUGUAGGGACACCAGGAAAAGACAGAUCUCCCGUACCUAAUGCUGGUGUUCUUGUAGGGAGACCAGGGAAAGACAGAUCUCCCGGACCUAAUGCUGGUGUUCUUGUAGGGACACCAGGAAAAGACAGAUCUGCCGUACCUAAUGCUGGUGUUCUUGUAGGGACACCUGGGAAACACAUAUCUCCCGUACCUAAUGCUGGUGUUCUUGUAGGGAGACCAGGGAAAGACAGAUCUCCCGGACCUAAUGCUCGUGUUCUUGUAGGGACACCAGGAAAAGACAGAUCUCCCGUACCUAAUGCUGGUGUUCUUGUAGGGAGACCAGGGAAAGACAGAUCUCUCGGACCUAAUGCUCGUGUUCUUGUAGGGACACCAGGAAAAGACAGAUCUCCCCUACCAAAUGCUCGUGUUCUUGUAAGGAGACCAGGGAAAGACAGAUCUGCCGGACCUAAUGCUCGUGUUCUUGUAAGGAGACCAGGGAAAGACAGAUCUGCCGUACCUAAUGCUCGUGUUCUUGUAGGGACACCAGGGAAAGACAGAUCUGCCCUACCUUAUGCUCGUGUUCUUGUAGGGAGACCAGGAAAAGACAGAUCUCCCGUACCAAAUGCUAGUGUUCUUGCAGGGACACCCGGGAAAGACAGAUCUCCCGUACGAAAUGCUCGUGUUCUUGUAAGGAGACCAGGGAAAGAGAGAUCUCCCGGACCUAAUGCUCGUGUUCUUGUAGGGACACCAGGGAAAGACAGAUCUCCCGUACCUUAUGCUCGUGUUCUUGCAGGGACACCAGGGAAAGACAGAUCUCCCGUACCUAAUGCUCGUGUUCUUAUAGGGACACCAGAGAAAGACAGAUCUCCCGUACCUAAUGCUGGUGUUCUUGUAGGGAAACCAGGAAAAGACAGACUUCCUGCACCAAAUACUCGUGUUCUUGUGGGAAGCACCCUACGCUUGUCGUAA